AUGGCAGCGCAAUCUGAUGAGAACCAGCCCCCUUCGUUCUUCGACAUUAUCGAAAUCAGAGAGCUUCCUGAUGGCACCGUUCUCUACUCCUUCGGCGAUGUCGACCCGUCGGCGCCUCCAAAAAUCGAUCCAACGCCAGAGCCUACACCUGAGGUCUCUGCCGAACCAACACCUGCACAGGAAACCGAUCCCACUCCUGAACCUAAGCCAGAACCCGCCUUAGAACCCGCUCCCGAACAAGCUGCAGAGCCCGAACCUCAAACAGAGCCCGAGCCUGUUCCGGAGCCGGAACCUGAACCCGAGCUAGUGCCUGUGCCAGAGCCGAUAGCCGAGGCAGCGGCACCGGCGGAGCCCGAAGCUCCAGCAGAGGUUGCGGAGGUUGCUCCAGCAGAAGUGGAAGAAGCGGAGGCAGAAGCAGCACCAGUUACUGAAGCGGUGCAAGAAGAGGUGAGCGCAGAUCCCGUAGAAAUUGCAGCAGCAGCAGACAACGCAUUAGUCGAUACCCCCAAGGAGGCAGAGCCCGCAGCAGUCGAGGCAGAGCCUGCAGCAGUCGAGGCAGAGGCAGCAGUCGUAGCGGAGCCGGCAGCGGCCGCUGAGAUAGAGCCAGCAGUUGCAGCGGUGGCAGCAGCAGCUGUAACGGAGGAGCCGGUAGUGGAGCCUGUGACAGCAGCAGCAGCAGUAGCAGCAGCAGAACCAGCGGCGGUGGUAGGAGGUGCCGCUUCGCGUCAGCGCCCCAUGGGUUUCGCGAAGCGAUCCCCCGUAGCCAAUGCGCGGCGCAAGCAGAGCUCGAAGCGGAGCGCGGGUGUAGCAUCUGAGGUGCACGAGGACGAGAGGGCCGCUGUGGUUACUGCAGCAGGUGAGGCCUCUGCUGAGAGUGCUGCCUCUGCUGACCAUGCGUCUGCCACCACUGCUGCUCCUGCUGUCGCUGUUGCGAUCCCCGAGCGGCUGCCCACCAGAUUUGUGAAGCGGAGCCCGCUCAAGGAUGCGAUGGCGAGGAAAAUGGAGGCGGCGGCCGCAGCGGGCGAGCCCAGCGACGAUGAAUCGUCCAGAGUGCGCCCAGGCACCGGCUUGACAGAAGUCGUUCUGGACCUGUCUGGUUCUGCUGCUGCUCAGGAGAAACAGCUGGAAACUGCUCCUGUGUCAGAUGCAUCAGUCAGUGCUGUUGAAGAAGUAGUGGUGAACCAAGAAGAAGAUGCAGGAGAAAUCGAGGUGGUGGUGGAAGCAGCACCGAGUGUGAAUGGAGUGAAGAGGCGGGAUGUGCUCGAGGGAAUGACGGCCCAGGAUUUGAAAAUGUUUCUCAAGGAGAGGAAAGUGCGGGGGUAUUCGAGGAUGCGCAAGGCUGAGCUAGUAGAGUUCAUCCUCGAUAUGGAGGAAAUUAAUUA